UUUCAGAUGUCAUUAGGAGAAGGACUUGCAUAUAACUACUAUGCCGGCUACCUAAAUCUGGUAUUGCAUAGUGUGGCAGAUAGGAUCAGCAGCAGUGAAUAUGGCAAAAGCACAACAAAUAAGAAGUUGUUUGUUCUAAUCCCUGCUAAUGGUGAGAUGCCAGGGAAGCUGCAGGACGCCGACAAGAGCAUACGACAGGUUGGAACGUUAGAUCCAUUGAUGAUAGACAGAGCUGGAUUCAAAAGAAAGUACCCUAACAACGUCUAUGGAUUAGUUCGUAAUGAAAAGGAGGUAACGUUCGUCGCUGACAUGCCAGCAAAUCUGCUCACGCUCCGAGACAUGACAGAAGAUUUCGAGCUGACUGGCUUCACAGAGCAGAGUAGUGUGUGUGCAGAUGAAGCGCGUUUGUAUCCGCAUCUGAGUGGAAUAGUUUACCUCCUGACGUUCGAGAUGCCCCCACCAUUUCGUCUUUUAAAGUCAGUCUAA